CUGGGAGGGCCGAAAGGGGCGUCGCCGCCGCCAUCGCCAUGGCCGGUUGUUGUCAGUCGCUGGCAGCGGGUUAUGGCGACGGCGGUGAAUGAAUUCUCCGGGCGGCCGAGGGAAGAAGAAGGGCUCAGCCGGCUCCAGCUCCUCGCCUCCGGCCGCCGGCGCCUCUCCCUCCGCGCCGCCCGGGCCGGCGCCCCCCGUGCCGCCGGCGGGGGCGGCGACGGCAGCGGCGUCCCCGCACAAGCGGAACCUGUACUACUUCUCGUACCCGCUCUUCGCCGCCUUCGCCCUGCUCCGCUUCGUCGCCUUCCAGCUCGGGCUGCUCUUCGCCUGGCUCUGCGAGCGCCUCUCCCGCGGCGCCCUCAUGGCCGCCAAGGGCAGCAGGGCCGGGGCCGGCGACGCGCCCGAGCCCGGCGGGGCGCCCGAGACCGUGCGGGCGUGUCACAAGCGGGCCUUCGAGUGCAUCUCCAUGGCGCUGCGCAUCGACGAGGACGAGACAGGACAAAAGGAACAAGCUGUUGAAUGGUAUAAGAAAGGAAUUGAAGAACUGGAAAAAGGAAUAGCUGUCUUAGUAAUUGGUCAAGGUGAUCAGUGUGAACGGGCUCGACGUCUCCAGUCUAAAAUGAUGACAAAUUUGGCAAUGGCCAAGGAUCGCUUGCAGCUUUUAGAGAAGCUGCAGGCAGUUUUGCAAAUUUCCAAGCCGCAAAUGGAGGUCUAUAAUGACAGUACUAACCUGGCAUGCCGCAAUGGACAUCUCCAGUCAGAAAGUGGAGCAGUUCCAAAAAAGAAGGAUCCCUUAACACACACAAGUAAUUCACUUCCUCGUUCAAAAACUGUUGCAAAAACCGGAUCCACAGGCCUUUCAGGUCACCAUAGAACGCCCAGCUACAGUGGGAUAUCGUCAUCUUCUGUGUCUAGACCAGCACCUAAUUCUGCAGCUUCAACUCACAAGGCUGCUCCUAAAAACAGCAGAACAAAUAAGCCUUCUACUCCUACCCCUGCUCCUCGAAAAAAGAAAGACAUGAAGAUAUUUAGAAAUGUGGACAGUAAUCUUGCUAACCUUAUCUUGAAUGAAGUUGUUGAUAGUGGGCCAGCUGUCAAAUUUGAUGAUAUCGCAGGGCAGGAAUUGGCUAAACAAGCUUUGCAAGAAAUUGUUAUCCUUCCUUCUCUUAGACCUGAGUUAUUUACAGGUCUAAGAGCUCCUGCCCGUGGUUUAUUGCUGUUCGGCCCACCAGGAAACGGGAAGACAAUGUUGGCCAAAGCAGUUGCUGCAGAGUCAAAUGCUACUUUCUUUAAUAUAAGUGCAGCGAGCCUAACUUCAAAAUACGUUGGCGAAGGGGAGAAGCUGGUGCGUGCUCUAUUUGCUGUAGCCAGAGAACUUCAGCCUUCUAUAAUUUUUAUUGAUGAAGUUGAUAGCCUUCUAUGUGAAAGACGAGAAGGUGAACACGAUGCUAGCAGGCGUUUAAAAACAGAAUUUUUAAUAGCAUUUGAUGGU